AUGAGUGAAGAAGAACAAUUUGACGAUAAUGAUUCAGUUGACAACUAUAAAGUUGCUGCUAAAAAAACUGUUGAUGAAUAUAAAAAUUUAGAUGCUGAAGAUGCUUCUUUAGCCAAAUGGAAAGAAUCGUUAGGUCUAGGUGCUGAUGUCUUACCAUUGGAAUAUCCUGGUGAUAAGAGAAGAGUAGUCAUCUUGGAAAUUCAAUUGAUCAUUUGUGAUCCAAAAGACUUAAAUAAAGAAGAGGUUAAUAAAUUUGAUUUGACCAACGAAAACACAAUUAAAGAAUUAAGUAAUAUUAAAUACAAGGUUAAAGAAAAUUCCAUAUAUAGAUUGAAAAUUAGAUUCAAAGUUCAACAUGAAAUUAUAACAGGGUUGAAGUACGUACAAUAUAUUAAAAAAGCUGGGAUAUCCAUUGAUAAAAUUGAUGAUCAAUUGGGUUCGUAUGCUCCAAACACAAAACAAAAGCCCUUUUAUGAAGUAGAAUUACCAGAAAGUGAAGCUCCAAGUGGAUUACUAGCAAGAGGUAAAUAUAAUGCAGUAUCUAAAUUCAUUGAUGAUGAUAAGACUAACCAUUUGACUUUGAACUGGGGUGUAGAAAUCGUUAAAAAUAAAUAA